CCCGUCCUGCCUGUGUGUGCCAGGCCAGCUGUGACCACCAUGGUGAGGCUCGUGCUGCCUAACCCGGGCCUGGAGGACCGGAUCCCUUCCCUGCACGAGCUGGAAAGCAUCGAGAAGAAGGAGGCCAGCUCGCGCCCACAGUGGGACAACAAGACGCAGUACAUGCUCACCUGCGUGGGCUUCUGCGUGGGCCUCGGCAACGUGUGGCGCUUCCCCUACCUGUGCCAGAGCCAUGGAGGAGGGGCCUUCAUGAUCCCGUUCCUCAUCCUGCUGGUGCUCGAGGGCAUCCCCCUGCUGUACCUGGAGUUCGCCAUCGGCCAGCGGCUGCGGAAGGGCAGUGUGGGUGUGUGGACCGCCAUCCACCCGGCCCUGAAGGGCGUAGGCGUUGCCUCCAUGUUCGUGUCCUUCAUGGUGGGCCUCUACUACAACACCAUCAUUGCCCUGGUCCUGUGGUACUUCUUCAACUCCUUCCAGGAGCCCCUGCCCUGGAGCCAGUGUCCACUCAACGGGAACCUGACAGGCUACGUGGAGGAGUGUGCCAAGAGCUCCUCGGUGGACUACUUCUGGUACCGAGAGACCCUCAACAUCUCCACCUCCAUCGACGACUCGGGCUCCAUCCAGUGGUGGGUCCUGCUGUCCUUGACCUGUGCCUGGAGCAUCCUCUACCUGUGCACCAUCCGUGGCAUUGAGACCACCGGGAAGGCCGUCUACGUCACCUCCACGCUGCCCUACAUCGUGCUGACCAUUUUCCUCAUCCGCGGCCUGACGCUGAAGGGCGCCGUCAACGGCAUCACCUUCCUUUUCACCCCCAACGUCACAGAGCUGGCCAACCCCACCACCUGGCUGGACGCGGGAGCUCAGGUCUUCUACUCCUUCUCGCUGGCCUUCGGAGGCCUCAUCUCCUUCUCCAGCUACAACCCUGUGCGCAACAACUGUGAGAUGGACUCUGUGAUCGUGUCCAUCAUCAACGGCUUCACGUCCGUGUACGCGGCUACGGUGGUCUACUCCAUCAUCGGCUUCCGGGCCACAGAACGCUACGACGACUGCUUCAGCACGAACAUCCUGACUCUCAUCAACGGGUUCGACCUGCCUGAGGGCAACGUGACCCAGGAGAACUUCGAGGACAUGCAGCGCUGGUGCCAAGCCAGCGACCCCCUGGCCUACGCACAGCUGAGCUUUCAGACCUGCGACAUGAACACCUUCCUCUCCCAGGGCGUGGAGGGCACGGGCCUGGCCUUCAUCAUCUUCACCGAGGCCAUCACCAGGAUGCCGGUGUCCCCGCUGUGGUCGGUGCUGUUCUUCAGCAUGCUCUUCUGCCUGGGCCUCUCCUCCAUGUUCGGGAACAUGGAGGGCGUGGUCGUGCCCCUCCAGGACCUCAAGCUCGUCCCUGAAAAGUGGCCCAAGGAGCUGCUCACAGGCCUCAUCUGCUUGGGGAUGUACCUCAUCGCCUUCGUCUUCACGCUGAAUUCCGGCCAGUACUGGCUGUCCCUGAUGGACAGCUACGCUGGCUCCAUCCCCUUGCUGGUCAUCGCCUUCUGUGAGAUGUUUGCUGUCGUCUAUGUGUACGGUGUGGACAGGUUCAGCCGGGACAUCGAGUUCAUGAUCGGCCACAAGCCCAACGUCUUCUGGCAGCUCAUGUGGAGGGUGGUCAGCCCUGUCCUCAUGUUGGUCAUCUUCUUCUUCUACUUCGUGAUCCAGGUCAACAAAGGACUCACUUACAAAGUCUGGGACCCGAGCUAUGACGAGUUUCCCAGCACCCAGGAGACGGCCUACCCAGGCUGGGUCUAUGCUGUGGUGACUGUGGUGGUCGGAGUGCCCUGCCUCACCAUUCCCUGCCUCGCCUUCUACAAGCUCAUCAUGAAUUGUCGUCAGAGGCCAGCUGACCAGCAAGAGCUGGACAGCACACUGUCCACAGCCUCUGUGAAUGGAGACUUGAAGUCCUGAGUGGGCCCAGCCCACAGUGUGCAGCCGAUGGUGCUGGGAGGAGAGGAGGCACAGGACCCUUGGGGUGGCCAGGCUGCAGUGUAUGUGAAUGGAUGCAUGCAUGUGUGUAUGUGUAUUGUCCAAAUGUGUGCCUGUGUGUAUCCAUACAUGUAGAGGUACACAUAUGUACAGGGCAUAUUGUGUGGGAUGUGUGUAAGAGCAUGUACAUGUGAGCUUAUGUAUGAGUGUGUCUACGUAUGUGAAUGUGUGAGCACGUGUGUUGUACAUGUGUAUACACCCAUGCCGGUGUUUGUGUGUUCACACAGGGUAGUGUAUGCAUACCUGUGUGUGUGCAUAGGCACACAUUUUAUGCAUGUGUAAAUGUGAGCAUAUGUACUGUGUGCAUACUUGCAUGAAGGUAUGCACAUGUCUGUGGAUAUAAGUUGCACACACAGGUGAACAUGUGUGUGCAUAUGCAUAUGUGUAUGCACGUGAAUAUGUAUGGUGGGGUUAUGAAUGUAUGAGUGUAUGUGGGCCUGUGUGUUGGCAUACAGACACAUGUACAUACGUACCUACAUGCAUGUGAAUUGUGCACACUUGUACGCAACUUGCAAGUAUGUGUGACUGUGCAUGUACCUGUGUGAUACAUGUGCAGUUUGGACCCAUGUGUGAAAAUGUAUGUUUACACGUUCCCAACACGCACACCCUCCUAGGGCCUGGCCACCUUCUGCACCCUCCUUCAUGCGGACACGGUGGGGCGUGGACUGUGGCCCAGGCAGACCUGGCUCAGGACCUGCCCUGCCCCUCACGUGCCCUGCAGAGCCUGAGGCCAAGGUGCAGGGGCUGAGAUAGUGACGCUCUCUCUGCUGUGAGGCAGGAGAAGGAACGCGAGCUGUUUGCCAGCCUCCUGGGAUGGUUCUCGCUGCUCACCCCACCCUGCCCGCUGCUCUGGAUCAAGGGCCCCUGAGUGAAAGGUCUGGGCCCCCUUGCUCUUCAAGGAGAAGCGGGAGCGGGCAUGGGUGGGCGAGGCUGAGCAGCCUGGCCCCGUCAGCCCUGCAGUGCUGGGCUGUAGGAGAGCCUCCCGUUUAAUCAUUACUGCUGGCUGCACAGGUCGAUGGUCGGCCUAACGGAGCUCAGCCUGUCCUAACUAAAGGCAGGAGCCCCCAGGAUGUCAACCCAGUGAAUGUUUAGCAGGUGUCGGAGGAGAAAGGUUAAAGGGUAACUCGACCUUGGUCACUGUUGUUCAGGGCACUCCGAGAGUCCUGGGCACCUUGCCGCCCCUGUGGCUUGUGAGUUUCGUGGGGGCAUCUGCACCUGCCCCAGCGUGGGCGCUUCCUCCCUGGAGCUGCCGCCCAGUCUCAGCCAGAGGCGCUUCACACUUGGGGUGUUUGCCCAGCAAGCCGGCUGCUUUCCAUGGAUAAAAUCGAGUUGAAAUCCAACUGAACUUCCCGAGGAUUCCACGGGCCAGAGUGGGAGGUCCUGGUGGGGCCCGGCGCCACGUUCCUCCUGCGCAGACACCCUGCCCAACUGCCCACCAAAUUCCAGCUCCAGCCACGAGACCCCGCACACAGUCCUCUCCCAGGUCCCUCCAUGUGUGCCAGCUGACCACCUGGGCACCACAAUCUGCAGAAUCCUACCAAGAUAAAGAUGGCCCGUGGGCACAGGCUCCGCCCCAGCCUGGUGACACGCCCCAAAGGCACAGCCCAUGAUGGGGGGUCCCAUCUGAUGGCCAGUGGUCCCACCUCCCCCUCCCCAUAACCUUCCCACCGGCAACCGGGAAGCCUCUGAUGGGCUGGCACACAUCAGUACACCACCCGCCAUGUUCUCAGGCCCGCCUGGUUCGCCUGUCCAGGAGACCCAGCGGGCUUCUCUCCACAUCCUCUCGAGUCUCCUGAGCAGUUGUGUUUCACAGCUUCUGUGUCAGGGUUGUGGAAUAAAG